ACGUCCUUAGCUGCUGUGUGUCACUUUAUGUGUGUGUGGAAACUCUAAACUAAAGUUCAUUCUAACCAUUCCACCUAUAAAUAAAACAUGUCUUUUUAUAAGAACCUUGAGCAUAAGUUUGCUCCGAUUCCUGAGGACAAGAGAAUAGAGUCAUUAAUUUUUCUGGAUGCUUGUUCAGGAUCAAUUUUACCUAUGCUUGAUAUGUUAGGUUCUACAGCAUUUGCUAUGGUGAAGUCAGACAUCAGUGGAAACAUCAAGAGGGUGAGAAAACGGUAUACAGAAGAUCCUGCUAAGUAUCCCACUCUAGCAGAUAUCAUUGAGGUAGAUGUGAACAAUGGAACUGCGUUCAAAGGUGGUUCUACAACAGAAGCAUUACUAUGGCUCAGCAGAGCUCUUAAUUUUGUAUGCAACAUACUGAAGAACUUAGCGGCAGGCAACAUAAAGGACAACAGCAUCGUUCCAUCCCUUAAACAAGCAUACAAAGACACACUGCAAGUAUAUCAUAACUGGAUGGUGAAAAACCUUGUUGAGGUGGCUUUCCAUGCAGCUCCUUAUUACACUGAUCUCCUCAAGAGCUUAUCGAACGGGGAACCAGACGAUGUUGUGGUUCAAGAUGUACAAGAAUACCAGCUGUGUCUUCAAGAUCAGGUGAACACUAUUGUAGAACUCUUUGUAUUUAACGGACUGGAUCCAAAAUAAUAUUUAUCUUUUUAAAAAACACUAACAUAUUUAAUAUAUAUAGGCUCAUGGUUCCUUGGUCAGAUGCGACACUUGUGCCCUUGAGCAAGGCACUUGAUCAUAAUUGCUUUUCCCCACCCAGGAGUACAAAAUGGGUACCAGUUUGAGCUGGGAGUAACACGCAAUAGACUGGUAUCCUGUCCAGGGAGAAUCAAACUACUCUCGGCCAUCGGCAUGAUGAGCCAUAGUGUCUUGGGGCAGAUUUUACUUUUACUUUUUUUACUUUCCUUAACAAAUCUUUUCUUGUGGUUGAUGUGUGAAUGUAAAGUUAUUUAUACAAGUUAAAAUAUAUAAAAUGUUAUACUUUUAGCCUGUGUUAUAAACUUCCAAUAAAACAGAAACAUAACAAAGACAAGUUUUUCAGAAAACUCUGAACCACCAUCACAUGUUAAGUAACUUGUAGGAUCUUCUAUUUCUUGAUUUUUGUUCCCUGCACCCUUUUCAAAAAGACGCUUUUAGACUACCACUAAACAAGGCAAAAUUAAUGAAGUUCGUUUUGUUAGGCCAAACUUCAGCUAUUUUCCCAACAACUAAACAGACGGGCAUGUUGAAACUUGAGCCUAUUGGUUAUUUGGGCCAGACUCAACUAUAAAUAAAGAUGAAACAACCAUUGGUGCAGCAAACUUUUUUGUCCGCAACCUUUUCACAAAUUUUAUCCUAGAAAAGCUUUAUGAAUGAUUACUAAUAAUAAUGGCCAAUUGACUUUAACAAUAAUUAUUGACAAACCAAGGGGAACAUCUAUAACACACCUAUGUGCCAAGUAAGAAACUCAUUGCCAAGCAAAAGAAGGGAACAAACCAGAUUCUGUGUGAUUUGUAAUUUUUCUACCGGUUCCCUGCUACCUUCAGCACAGCAGCUGAGUUUAACUGUGUCAUGAGAUUUAACAAUUGAAUGUGAAAAUCAAAAAAGUAAAAUUUUUCUCCAUUUUGAGUUAAAUGUCUUCAGGGUUCUCUUUAUUCUGUUAUAAUCUUGCGCUAAAGAAAUUCUCAAGGUACACUUUACAUGAAACUGAAGAUAAGAAGAGGUCCCCAACUCAAGAAUUGUGAUUUACUGAAUACAGUGAAAAAUCAACUGAAGUUGCUACAUGGUACGGACUUGGUCUAGUGAAAACUAGAACUUUGCUUCAACAAAACUAUUACCAAUCCGACACAGCAAAUGUGACUCAUUGUACUGUAGUAUAUAAAAAACACGAAAACAUCAUUGCAGUGUCAAACAUGGUUGCCUUUAAGAACUUGGUUCUGCUUUAAACAUGAUCCGUGGACCUUACAGUCAUAUAAAUAAGGGAAUCAAUGUGUGGUGAACAGGUUUUCAACUAGUGGUUUAAUCCCAACGAGGC